GCGGCGGGAGAGGAGCGCGCAGCGUCGCGGAGCGCAGGCCCUGCAGCAGCCAUGGCGGUGGAAGGACCCAUGCGAUGCGUCAAGUUCUUGCUCUACGUGAUCCUGCUGGCCUUUUGCGCUUGCGCAGUUGGUCUGAUCGCUGUGGGGGUCGCGGCCCAAAUCUUCUUGAACCAGGCUGUUUCCCAGGGGGCCACGGCUGGCUCCCUGUUGCCUUUGGUCAUCAUUGCGGUGGGCGCUUUCCUCUUCCUGGUAGCCUUUGUGGGCUGCUGUGGCACUUGCAAGGAGAACAACUGCCUUGUAAUCACGUUUGCUAUCUUGCUGUCUCUUAUUGUGGUGGUGGAAGUGGCUGCAGGCAUUGCCGGCUAUGUGUUUAAGAACGAGAUCAUGUCAGAGUUUAAUAAGAGCUUCGAGAAUAACAUGAAGGAAUAUAGAAAGAACAACAAAACUGCUAUAUUUGUGGACAAGUUGCAGGAAAAGUUUAGUUGUUGUGGAGCUGCAAACUACUCGGAUUGGGCAAACAUCAUGCCCAAAAAUCAAGUACCUGAUUCCUGCUGCUUGAAUGUCACUUUAGGCUGUGGGACUGAUUUCAAAGUGGAGGAUAUCCAUAAUGAGGGCUGUACAGAGACUAUUGGCCAUUGGCUGAGGAAUAGCUUGCAAGUGGUGGCUGAAGCAGCCCUGGGCAUUGCUGCUGUGGAGGUCCUGGGAGUUGUCUUUGCCUGCUUACUUGUGAAGAGCAUUCGAAGUGGCUAUGAGGUGAUGUAGGGGUCUGGCCUCAACAGCCCCUGCAUCUAGGGUUGGGUGGGGUGUGUACUCCAGGUUUUUCAAUUAAACGGAUUAUUUUUUCAGAUUGAAAAGAGAAAUAA